AUGGGUUUGGAAGCUGCCUCCUCUAGGCCCAUGGAGACUCUUGUCUUCAUGGACCUAGAAGCCACGGGACUGCCAUUCUCGCAGCCCAAAGUCACCGAGCUGUGCCUGGUGGCCAUCCACAGACACGCCCUGGAGGCAUCCCAACAGGCACCUCCCCCGGGCGGCGCUUCCUCGGUGCCGCCGACCCCGCGGGUGGCUGACAAGCUCUGCCUGUGUGUGGCUCCUGGAAAAGCCUGUAGCGCAGCAGCCAGCAGCCUCACCGGCCUGAACACGGCCAUGUUGACUGCCCACCGACGGGGUCCCUUUGACUCGGCUCUCGCGGACCUGCUCCAGGCCUUCCUAAGGCGGCAGCGCCCCCCGCUCUGUCUCGUGGCCCACAAUGGGGACCGCUUUGACUUCCCCCUGUUGCAGGCUGAGCUGAGCGCCGCGGGGCUGGGCACAGAUGCUCUGAGCGGUGCCUUCUGUGCGGACAGCAUCACAGCCCUGAGAGCCCUGGACCGCUCCGGCCCUCCCAUCGAGUCCGGCCAAAGGAAGAGCUACAGUCUGGGCAAUGUCUACGCCCGCCUCUUCGGUCAAGCGGCGCCGGACACCCACACAGCGGAGGGCGAUGUCCUUGCUCUGGUCAGCGUCUGCCAGGCCAGGCCCCGGCCACUGCUGCAGUGGAUCGACACUAACGCCAGGCCCUUCAGUAGUGUCAGACCCAUGUAUGGAGGAGGGGCUGGGACGGACCCGGGGGGCACCCACGAUGCGGUCACCAGAACCCAGUACAGAAAGCCCAGGGCAGCCGCAGGCGCUGCCUCAGCCACCUCCGGGGAUGCCAGCCCGGCCACCAGAAAGAGGAGAGGCAGGUCUACGGCUCCCUCCCCGGCGGGCAGCCUCUCCAGUACCUCGUUUUUGAACACGUCCCACCUGCUAGCACUGCUGGGGCCCCUGGUCAUCUUAACGGUGGCAGUAGCUCUGUACUGGGUGCCCUGGGCUUCCUAGCUGCUGUCCCAGUGCCCCAUCUCAUCCUGACCGGGGCUGGCUUGUGGAUACAUUAUAAAAUAAAACUUCUAAAUAAAAAUGA